CUGGGGCGGAGCGGCCACCAUCUUGGAACGGGAGGCGGAGCAGAGCUGACUGGGAGCGACCGAGCGGGCUACCGCCGCCGCCAUGAACCCCGAAUAUGACUACCUGUUUAAGCUGCUUUUGAUUGGUGACUCGGGCGUGGGCAAGUCAUGCCUGCUCCUGCGAUUUGCUGAUGACACAUACACAGAGAGCUACAUCAGCACCAUCGGGGUGGACUUUAAGAUCCGAACCAUUGAGCUGGAUGGCAAAACAAUAAAACUUCAGAUCUGGGACACAGCUGGUCAGGAGCGAUUCCGGACCAUCACAUCCAGCUACUACCGGGGGGCUCAUGGCAUCAUUGUGGUAUAUGAUGUCACCGACCAGGAAUCCUAUGCUAACGUGAAGCAGUGGCUGCAGGAGAUUGACCGCUACGCCAGCGAGAACGUCAAUAAGCUCCUGGUGGGCAACAAAAGCGACCUGACCACCAAGAAGGUGGUGGAUAACACCACAGCCAAGGAGUUUUCAGACUCUCUGGGCAUCCCCUUCCUGGAGACGAGUGCCAAGAACGCUACCAACGUAGAACAGGCGUUCAUGACUAUGGCUGCUGAGAUCAAAAAGCGAAUGGGGCCUGGGGCAGCCUCAGGGGGCGAACGACCCAACCUCAAGAUCGACAGCACCCCUGUGAAGCCGGCUGGUGGUGGCUGUUGCUAGGAGGGGUACAUGGGGUGGGACAGGAGGGGGCACCUUCUCCAGAUGAUGCCCCUGGAGGGGGCAGGAGAUGCCUCCCAUUCCCUCUCCUGGGGCAUUUGAGUCUGUGGCUUUGGGGUGUCCUGGGCUCCCCAUCUCCCUCUGGCCCAUCUGCCUGCUGCCCUGAGCCCCCUUUUUGUCAGGGCCCCCAAGGGAGGAUAUCCAGGACCUGUGGCUGGGGUAAGGCAGGGACUUGCUCUGCUGCUGCCUCUAGUAACUGAAGAUGCCCCACCACAUACCUUUCUUUGGAACGAGGGCUUCUCUGUCUGUCUGCCUCCCAGCUCCCAUGUAUGCUGCACUGGGUUUCUCUCUUUCCUCCUCUUCUUUCUCUCCCAGCUUUCCAAGAGCUGAGGGACUCUCUGGCCUCCACUGCCCCUGGCUACAGUUAAUGCCUGGGACCAGGAGUGUGGCCAUGGGAUCCGGGACCUGGGAUCCAGGGCCCUGGGCCGGACCUCAGGAUGGGCAUGGGGGCCACAGGUAUAGCAGCCCACCCUUUCCUCUCCCCUCUCUUCCCUCCCACACUAACAGCUCCAGCCGUCCAGCUGUGGUGGGGUCUGAGCACAUCUAGGCAGGUGGGCGGGCAGCUGCUCUGGGCCUGUGUCUUAAGCCCAGAGGGAGCCUGCUCCUGCCGCUCCCUGCCCUGCCAGAGCCAGGCCCAUGCACUGCCUGCCCACCGUGCCCCUUUGUCCCCAUGGCAGGCGGAAGCGGAAGGCCCACCGUGCCCCUUUGUCCCCAUGGCAGGCGGAAGCGGAAGGCCCACC